AUGACAUCGCUCUCAUUAGGCUCAGUAGGCCUAUUGACUUCAAGGCAUCCUCGGGCCUAUAUCACAACGAUCCCUGUUUACCUUCCACCAGGAUUCAUUCGACCUGUGUGUCUCCCACGCGCCGACAGUCCCGCAGAGGCAGUGCUUGGAGAUGUGGCCUUUAUGAAUAGCUGGAGUUACUCGUUGCCCAGGCCUCGCAACCACAUUUUGUCCUACGUUGAUAAGGCCACCUGCGAGAAGAUCUUGCGAGAAACUUAUGUUAAGGAGCAGAUCUGCAUGCAAGUGGGCCAAGGGCUGCCGGAUUUCAGCGCCGCCAGGGGAGCCCCGUUGAUGGUGACGGAUGCGAAGAGGACCUCCUACACGCAGUAUGGUAUCUUGAUCGCCAAACCUAAGGGCUCGGAGACGCUACCCGGUCUGUUUACGUACAUCCCCCCUUAUAUGCAGUGGAUAGAGGAUACGCUUAGGCCGUAG